AUGACUGAUAUCGGUCGAACGAUAGAAACAUCACUCUCAUCACAUGCAGCAACAUCUUCAAUUUUAUCUAGUGGAAGAACAGUGACAAUUGACCCAGUGAUUUAUAUUCCAGACACGGAACCCAUUUCGCCUCCAGGAGAACAAUGUGAAAGUCAAGGAACAGUAGUUACUAGUAGUGCAACUAGGGCAGUAGCUCUACCGACGCCGGUGAGAGACCGAGUUCUUUUCGGCUUCACGGCAGAAACAACAACAACAAUGAAACUGACGGAAACGCCGGGCCGAGACCGAAUUUUUUUCGGCUCCACGGGAAUACCAUCUGUCAAUCUCUUAGCAUUAAGUGAAAACUUGUCAAGUGAUUCUCACACCGUUUCAAUUUCCCCAUCUUUUAAAAUCUCUGAACUAACAGUGAUGACGCAACGUCCAACCUAUACCAUCAUUGCGGAUAGUCAUCUUUAG